CUGAGAAGAAAGGGAUAAAAACUGGACCUGAAGAAGAGAGGAAGCGGGAAGAAACAACAGCAGAAGAAGAGUGAAAGGGGAAGAAAGAAGAAGGAAUAAAGAAGAUAAGAGAGAAAGUGUGCAGUAGAGGAAAGUGAACAGGUGCAUCAAGGCGGAGAAUGGGCAAUUCCUCCUUCCCAGGCAUGUCCCCUCUCUCUCCGUCCAUUCUGUAGUUGCAGGUCGAGAGAAGAGAAAGGGUCCCAUGAUCUCUGCCGGCGAUGCCGAGUUCCCCCGGGAUUACCACACCCUGGCUGCCACUGGCGGCCGCGGGGCCCGACGGUUCCCCGACAACAGCAAUGGGGGCUUCACGUCGUCCUCGCUGGACCGCCGGCACAACUCUGUGGCCGCCAAGAGCCUGGAGGCCCUGAACAGCAUCCACAAGGCCGACAUAGAGCGUCAGCGAGACGCCAUCAUGGACCUCCAGAAAAACAAAUACUCCAACAGCCCCAGCAGCAUGUCACAGGGCUCCCCCGCUGCGGGCCGACAGCAACAACCAAACUACUGGAGCUUCAAGACUCGCACGCCACGCGUGACACGACUCAGCCCGACACAGCCGGCCCUCGCCGACCAGGCCAGCAGGGUAUCCUUCGCGUCAGCUGAAAAUCUGGAGAGCAUGUCAGACCCUGAUAUCCCCAUCGGCUUCAACAGGAUGAACCGGCUCCGCCAGAGCCUGCCGCUGGCCCGCUCGUCCAGCCAGGCCAAGCUGCGGGCGCCAGGGAUCUUGUUCCUCCAGCUUGGGGAGGAGACUCGCAGGGUUCACCUGACCCACGAGCUGACCAGCCUGGACACUCUGAGGGCCCUCAUCGUGCACAUGUUCCCCCAGAGGCUCACCAUGGCCAUGCUCAGGUCCCCCAGCACGGCUCUGUUGAUUAAAGAUGAGACCCGUAAUGUCUUCUAUGAGCUGGAGGACCCACGGGACGUUCAGGACCGCUGCGUAAUUAAGAUUUACUGCAAAGAGCCCAUCUACAGCACCUACCCUGGACAUCACAACCCACACCUGGCAAACGGAGACCUGCGGAGGGAGAUGGUGUAUGCACCCCAGGACUCUCCACCUAACCGCCGCCUGAGCAACCCACCGAUGUCUUCCCAGCAUUCAUCUUCCUCUGCUUCCCCUCCCCAAGGCUCACCGUCCCGUGCUCGUCUGCUCUACAGUGGCGGAAGGCCUUCUUCCUAUGCCGGGCCACCCCACCACACCCACUCCCUGCCUCACCCUCACUCCCAGUCCCACCACUCCUCUCCCCACCAGCAGCCCCAGCUCCACCAGCCCCACCAGCCCCACCACCCCCAGCCGGCCUUCUGCGCCUCCUCCAGUGCCAUACUUGAGCGCAGGGACGUGAAACCCGAUGAUGAAAUGGGGGGAUCCAGAAGCAUGGUGCUGCUGAGGGGGGAUGAUCGUGGUGGGGGCGGGAUCUACGCAGACCCCUACACUCUGGGUCCAGAUCCGAGUCGGCUUAGCCUCGCAGGGGGUCCUCACUCUCCUUUGCCAGCAAGAGCCGACCCCUACGGCUCCUUAUACCGCCGUGGUGGGGGUGGGGGUGGUGGAGGUGCUGCAUCAGUGCGUUCACUCACCUCCUAUUCAGCAGCUGCACUUCAAGGAGAACUGAUGGAAAACAGUGCUCUCUACAGGCCCGGAGGACCUCUUUAUAACGAUGCCUAUGCUGCAUCUCUGUUGGCCAUGGGGUUGCGGGUGCCUCCACCCUCCUCCCCGCAGAAGAUACCUGACAUGAGAGAUUCCUACGGAGCAACCAUGCCCAAUCGGGGUUCUCCAGGGAGACAGAGUUUGCGAAGAGACUCUGUGACCUCUUCUGUGUUUGGGGACAGUCCCAAAGCCCGGGGUCAGGGACCAGGACUGGGUCUCACCUCGGAGCAGCUGUGCCUGUUGGCUGGUGCUGGAGGGGAUGGGGGGGGACCUGGAAGUUUCGGCUCACCCCUGCUGGGGAAUGAGACAGAGACCAGGGAGCGUAUGGAGGCGAUGGAGAAGCAGAUAGCCAGCCUGACCGGGCUGCUGCAGAGAGUACUGAGCAAAGCGCCUGAGGCAGAAAGCCCGGAGAAGAUUGAGUCAGCCAGUGACUGCUCAGGAACUGACACUUUGACACCAUCUGCUCCUCUGGCCCUGAUGCCGCCUCCACCCUCGGGGCCCAACCAGCCUGUGAUGGUGUCCCGUCUGCAGAUGCAGCUCCACCUACAAAACCUGCAGCAGAACACCAACGCCCUGCGCAAACAGCUGUCGCAGCUACGCAACAUGCAGCUGGAGAACCAGGACUCGGUGCUCGCCCUGCUGAGACAGACGGAGUCUGAACUGAGCCUCAUGAUGCUGGAUGCCAUGCGCACCCAGGAGGACCCGCUUCAGAGACAGCGCCUCCUAGUGGAGGAGGAGAGGCUCAAAUACCUAAACCAGGAGGAGCUGCUCAUCCAACAGCUGCACGACCUGGAGAAGUCUGUGGAGGAGCUCCAGAGGAACUCGUCUGUGAAUCACGGGCUCGUGACGGAGCAGGACGUGGAGCAGAAGAGCAAAGAGCUGAGGAUGCUGGGAGAGACGCUCACUGAGCUAAAAAACCAGUUCCCGAGCCUUCAGAGUAAGAUGCGGGUGGUGCUGAGGGUGGAGGUGGAGGCUGUGAAGUUCCUGAAAGAGGAGCCUCACCGUCUGGAUGCCCUGCUGAAGCGCUGCAACACCAUGACUGAUGCUCUCAGCACGCUGCGCAGACAAGUCACUGAGGGGGUGUGGAAGAGCCCCGAGGACCUCUCCAACCAACCGCAGAAACGAGCCGAUGACCUGAGUCGUACCUCUGAUCUCGACAUCCUGAACAGUCCUCCUCUCAGCCUCACCGAUCUCAGCACCAGCGCCGGCCUGGCCAACUGGAUGCCCGUGUCUGCCGGCGACGCGGACGCCUCGGGCCCCGAGCAGGACAUCCAGCCUACAAUGACCUUUAGAAAUCGAGUUCUUGAUGAGCUGCCAAGCCGGCGUCCUCCUGAUAAGUCUGUGUCAGCCGAAGUGCGACUGGCGGCCGAGCGGGACUGGGAGGAGAAGCGUGCCAGCUUGACCCAGUUCAGCGCCCAGGACAUCAAUCGCUUGCUGGAAGAGACUCAGGCAGAGCUGAUGAAAGCCAUCCCCGACCUUGACUUCGCUGCCAGGCACAUAAACAAGCCGGCGGUGCCCCCAAAGCCCCAGAUCACCAUCCCAAUAACGUCCGCCGCAGCUACUUCUGCAGCUGGGACCACUGGGACCACAGCCACGACCUCCGCCACCUCCACCACUACAAACACCACACCCAGCGGGGACCAGCAGCCUGGAAAGGUGCAGCUGGCUGCCCAGAAGCUGAACAGCAUGGAGGGGACUGGUUCGCAUCGAGGCUCAGUGGACCUCAACGUGGCCAAGUAUCGAACAGAAAAGCCCUCCAAGUCUCCUCCUCCGCCUCCACCUCGCCGAAGCUUCCCCUCCGCUCACGGCCUCACCACCAACCGUACUGGAGAGGUCAUCGUCACCUCCAAGAACCUGAAGAUGGAAGAAGAUGGUGACCUGCCAAAAACCCUCGUGAAACUGAGGCGGACCCCCUCCGAUGCCCCCCGACCUGCCUCGACCCCUCCUGUGAUCGCAGCCUCGGCCGUACAAGAUGAAGAUGACGAGGAGAAGAUUAUUGCCGAGCUGGAGAUAUUUCAGAGAAUGCCUGUAAAAGAUUGUAAUAAAGAGUACAGCAGCCCAGCAAAGGCCACCCCCACCUCUCCCUGCAUCAUGGGCAGAAAGAACAGCAGUAACUCUCCCGGCCCGACGAAGGGACCCACCGUCGCCGCCCGGCUCAAACACCUCCAGCAAGGCAGCCUGGAGAGGCCCAAAACCCGCAGGCAAAAAGAGGAGAUCCCCAAAGUCCAGGGUCAGCAGCAGUGCUGAGCUUUUGUCACCGCUACAGCAGAAACGCCGCUCAUUGAUCUGGGCGAUCAUCAUCACCAUCACCACAUCACCAUCAGUUUCGCUGACGUUUUCCCCUCGCUGCUUUUUCGCACAUCAUUUUGGUCCGUGAGCCAGUCUCCUUUCUUCCUCCUCUCUCUCCUUGCUUUGCCUUUUUUCAUUCUCUGUCUGCUUCUCAGGUCUCUCAGGCCUCAGCUGGACUAAUAACGUGAGGAGUGAGUACUCGGAUCGUUCUGGUUUUGGACUCCUAAAUCCUAGCUCAGACCUUGAAGGUGUGACAUUUUGUCAUUAGCGUAAUUUGUCUGACUCUCUCGGCUGCCGUAGAGGUCGUUUUCACAUUAAGGAGCCAAAUUAAAAGGGUAAAAAUUUAUUCUGCACAUUUGGAGGUUUUUCCAUUGGCUCCAGACCUGCGUCGUGAAGCAGUGUGAGGAUUUCACCUCUAACAUGUAUGUCGCAAAUCCAUCUUUCACCAUAACUAACAGCUAAACACAAUAGCUGUGUCCCAGCUUUGCACCGGCUCAGUUACCUUAAAAAAUAACUUUUAUGCUCAUUAAAAAAAUGCUGCUUUGGGGGAUUUUUGAACAAAAAUAUACAAACAAAUCUUAAAAAGAGAAAAAAGUCAUUCCACUGUUUGCUAAUCAACAUCUUUGGCUCAAACUGCCUGAAUAACAUAUUUUCAUAUCUGAAUACAUCUUGAGAAGAUCCCUUUUAAAACCAUUAUUUUUGUUGUGGGGUUACCAAAUUGCCUAUUAUUUAACUGUAUAUAAUGAAUUUACUAGGAAGGGAACUGGGGACUAAUUUAUGAGAUGUUUAAACACAAGGAAAAAAAAGUUCAGCCUAAAAGUAAAAAAAACAGUGAAAAGCUCAGUCUAAAUGCUGGAGUUAAACUCUAUAUAAAUAAAAUAAAUCUCGGUCUUCACUAAUUUAACAGUAUUUUGAAUGUGUGUCUCUUUUGCUCACUGCUUAUUAUCAUUACUUAGCUGACUUUGGCUAUGGCUAGCAGCAACAGCUUUAGUUUCUGUGCGCUAGCAGCCAUUCGCCUGUGCAGAGUGUAGCCAGCUUUUUUAUAUCACAAUACUGUAGAGCCGCAAAGGUCAGCAUGGCUGCCAUUUGUCUUCCUUUCCACUUUGUUGCCGUCUGCUCUAUGGCUCUGGUUGGUCAUCGAAGGCUCAACAGGUAACAGUAAAAUGUGAAUAAUAAUGAUAAUUGUAAUGGGCAGCACAGCAACGCGGUGGUUAGCGCUGUUAGCUUACAACAACAAGGUCCUGGGGUCAAAUCGAUCAUCUAGACAGGGCAAAAAAAAAGACAAUUAAAACCUAAAAUUUGUGACUAUGCCGAAAUUUAUAUGAUGAGCAGUAACGCAGCAACGGAACCAUAAAAAUGUCAGAGCUUUAAGUAAGGGAGCGAUAGAUUUGGUUGCCUAGCUGGGGCUUGUAAUGUCCACGAUGUGACCAACAGUUAGCUACAAAAUGAUGCACAACAUACAAACUUUUGCUACAUUUUUUAACUUUUACUAGUUAGCUAGUCAUGCACACUGUGAGUUUUAUCCUCUCUAACCACGCCCCUUUUCUAAGCCACACCCGCAGUGACUUUAGCCACUCCCACUCAUUCACUCCCAUUUGUAAAAUAAACAAUGCAAAAUAUUUGCAAAUCCAAUCAAAAAAUCCUCCCACUGUGAUGAAAGCAUGUCAACAUACAGCAUUUAUUGUCUGUAAAUUGAAAGAAUUACAUAAAAAUGAAGCUCAAUAACAGCAAAAGAGAAUAAAACGAUGAAAAUGAUGAUCAUUACUAAAAUAAACUAUCUCCUCUUCGCAGGUGUGUGAAAGUGUGAAACUGGGACACAGCAAAUCGUGUUACCUUUACCUUUUGUCUGCAACACGUAUGUUGUCAGAGUUUAACCCGUUCCCAAAUCAGUGUGUUAUAAAAGUUUUAAUGAAUGUGACAAGCUGAGUUUGGAUUAAAGUGCAGAAAUGCAGCGAGCUGAGACGAAAGGUUUCAUGUAAACCGAAUCUAAAGUGACAAGAUAAAUAAUCCUGCACGCACCCGGUGCUCAACGCGGUGUGUGACAUCUUGCUGGAGGGAAAUCUGACACUGAGUGUGUAUUUAUACCACCGGCACACAGUAAAUUACAAGCAGACGUUUUAGUAUAUAGUUAAUACAUUUAUGGAAUGUAUUAGUAGUGUCAGAAAUAGCAUUAAAAGCUAGCACGCAGUUAAAGUAUAACCUAAACCACUUCAGAUAUAUUGUAUGUAUAUUAACAAUCAUUUAGUUUAAGUUUGGGAGAGAACAUGUAAAAAAGAAAAAAAGUGUCAUCUAUGUUUUAUAUAAUCAAGCUUUUUUUUGUAUUUUUAUACUUGAAAAAGAGGAUUCAUAUGCACGUUUAACACAUUUAUCUGUAAAUUUUUAUUUUUCUGCGUUAAAGAUUUCUUUAUUUUUUCUGCUAACCAUGAAACAAAUCAUUAACACAUUUUAUCGUAGAGACCAGGAGGGGCUCCAGAUGCUCGCGGCGGGCAAGAACAUGUAUAGAAAGCACAUGAAACAAUCACCUCUCUGAUAGGAUGCCCUCAUUUUGUAGCUGUUUUCCUCUAUUAUAACCAAUAGCGUACACUACACAGAGUAUACAAUUCAAACUGUUUAUCGAUGGUUUCUUGAUGAAUGUGUGAUUGUUCAAACCAUUUGUGGGUGUUCAAAUCAUGUAUAUAAACCCAGAUAAUAUAUAACAAAAUGGAUUUUAUGUGAAAUUUUUAUAGAAGGAAUUCAAAAAAAAGAAAAAACUCUCCAAAAUGGCAUGCAUACUGUAUACAUUCCUGGAAAUCUGCACGCUGGGUCAACAGAGGUCUCAUUUUCUUGUCAGAAAUUCUGUGUAUACUUGUGAGUGUAUGAUAGAGUAAAACAAAAAUUGUACAGUUACAUAGAUUUUUGUAUUAUGUUCGAAAUGGCAAAGCCCCCAGAGAAAAAAAAAGAAAACAAAAACCGCGACUAUUAUACCUUCAGAGAAAUGAACGAUAUUGUAUAUCAACUAAAUGAUGAGUGGUGCUUGCUGUGUGGGGUAAGUGUUGUUUGUGAAUCGUGAAGAAGAAUGAUAAACUACUACAAAGUCAGUAUAACUAAAGACCAACUAAACAGUGCAAAAACACCGCGCAACUUUGUGUAUGGAAGCUAAAAGUUGCUGCUUCGUGUGAGAAAAACCAACCGAAUGAAAAAGGUUGCUGCUUUUGUACAUUCCUGUUGUGUUUUUGUGACAAUAAAGGUGACCCUCUUAUACACGACGAGCGUCGGCGCCUCAUUUAUUUGACU